AUGCACGCUGUUGUGCUCUCUUCUUAUGCUAUUCUCAUUGAUAGCGGUAAAAAUCCUUACCCCGCUGUUGGGGCUCUCUACAUUCCACAGCAGAGCCAAGCCUCCUACUCUGCGGGUCUAUCAACCGCUGGUUGUGGUGAUGGUGAAAUCUUUAGUAUUACCUCUUCAAUAGGCACGACUGCUACAACUGGUGGUGGAACUCCAGAAAAUAGCCAAGCCUCCUACUCUGCGGGUCUAUCAACCGCUGGUUGUGGUGAUGGUGAAAUCUUUAGUAUUACCUCUUCAAUAGGCACGACUGCUACAACUGGUGGUGGAACUCCAGAAAAUCUCUCUAAAACUCUGCUCCGCUACAUGAAAAGAAGUGAAAACCACAGCGUCGGAGCGCUAGCAAGAUCAUCUCCAUCUGCCCCCAGGGGAAAAGGGCUACUAGGAGAGCGUGGAGAGAGCGAAAUGAGUCCCGAUUCCGUUCCUGUGUCUCCUGGUGAGCCUGACCCGCUGCCCCAGUUUAAAAGGCCUACAGGGGUUGCCGACAUUAGGGAGGAUAGCAAUGUAGGACCUGAUUCCGCAGAUCCAGAUAACUUGCAGGAGGCAUACGUGGAUUUUGGGAAUAAAGAGGCUAACGCAUCCAUAAGGGAUUUCUCUAUUGAUGAUUUUGACGAGGAAGGCUUGAUCGCGGAGACUCCUACACUCCACUUCAUGUAUAGCUCUCCUCAAUUUGAUGGCCAGUUACCCGGAGAUAUAUUUUCCGAGCCUACGUUCGAUAAGAAUCUUGAGGAUGAUUCUUUCGAAGGAGUUUUUGUUGAGAAUGACCCUGUUGAGCCGGCUAUGGGACCAACUACACCAGUUGAUACACCCCCAGCCGUUACACCUCCACCACCCCCAGUGACUCAAGAGGGUAUGAAUACUAUUUAUUUACUCUUCAAGGUCUUUUUCUGA